GUCAUUGUGUUAUCACAAUCUACUCAUUGACACGGGCUAUUUAAUAACUGCAAUGCAAUGAUGAAGCCAGUCGUACUUGAUACAUUCAAGAAUAAACAACUCGAUACAUUUGUUGUAUUAUCAACGGAUUCUCACAAUGAAAAACGUGUUGGUUACUGUGUUUAUCAUUGGUUUAUUUACUACUGCAUUUUCUGGUUCGAUUAAAGAAGAUCUUACUAUCGUGCGUACUUGUAAUAUGACUGACCCUGUGGAUAUAAACAUAUUGAAUGAUUACUUGAUUUAUCACAAUCCAAAUCAUUUGAAUCCUAAACAGCGUCAAGAACUUUCUUGUUUUCUAUUGUGUGUCUACAGCGAAUUCAAUUGGAUGGAUCGUCAUGGUGGAUUCAAAGUUAAUAAUAUCAAGUCUUGGAUGCGGAAAACAGAACUAUCAGAACAUGAUAUCGAUAAUUUAAUAAGAAAAUGCAUCACCCCAGAAUUUACAGAUCCUUGCACACGAGCACAAUAUUUCACAGAAUGUUUCUGGGCAAAUUAUCAAGGAUCGUUGAAGAGUAGACAUCAUCAUUCUCUCCACUCAAUUAUCCACAAAAAUAACUUUAAGUAACGAUUCAUAAUUAUCAGUUAAUUAACAAGUAGUUAUUGAAAAUAAUUCUUCACCAGAACCAUGGGAAAUUCUUCGAUAUGUUGAAUCUUAAAUUCUCUCUUGUUUGACGAUAACUUCUAGACGAAUCACAACGAUACAUCUUGCGGAUUUUUCGGAUGUCCAACUUACUGAAACCUUCUCUUUGUCCAAGUGUAGGUUUUGAUCGACCUUGGAGCAUAUCAAAAAAAUCCAGGAAUCCCUUAUUUUCCUGCAAAAAUAAAUUUAAUUAUUUUACAUUUUGAUAAAGGAAUUUGUUUUUUCAAGUUCGAAAACAGUACAUAUUAAAGCAUACUUUAGGAAUAAUUGUAGGACGUCCGUUAGCAGAAAAAGCAUUGCUAGAAUAAUGCAUAACACUUCCAUAGUCAUAUUUAACUCCAAAAGGGUCUGUUGUGCCCGCUGCAGCUUUUUUAAAGUUAAUAUCACUACCUACAGAUGAAAAGAAUGUGAAGAAAAUUAUAAACAUAAUUUUAAAGUAAAUAAAGUUACUUGAAAUAAUUAAA